CAUGCAUCGCGGACGCGGAAGCUCAAAGGAAUCGCUCGUUAACCAACUCGCCUACGAGUAACUCAACAUAGAGAGAGAGAGAGAGAGAGAGAGAGAGAAUCUAGCAAAUUUGCGAGCUGAGAGCUGAGCAAGAUACCUAUAAUUUUACUUUCGAGCAUUCAAGGUCUGAGCUUUGGUGAAGAUUGUGAGGUUGUUCUUUCAAUUAGCAAGCUUCAAAGUUCUUCAUACCGAUAAUCGAAACAGAGGAAAUUAAGAUUGCGCACUUGAUUCUGUCGGAGGAAGAGGAUUACUCUCCACAGUUUUCAUAGAUUUCGACAAUGGGUUCAUUAGAGGAACAAAAAACUGAAGCAACUAGUACCAAACCUCCUGGAAUUCGGUUCUUAGAGUACAUUAGGAACUCUGCUGUAUCAUUCAGAACCUACCAGACCAUUGUCCUAAUUGUGACAUUUUUUGCUUACGCUAGCUAUCAUGCCACUAGGAAGACCACAAGUAUAGUCAAGAGUGCGCUUGACCCUAAAGCAUCCCAAGUGGGCUUGAGCUUCUUUCAAUGGCCAAGGAACAACUUCCUGAGAUCGAAUGAAAACAAAACGGUCUCGAAUGUCCUCACCGGUGGUUGGGCGCCUUUUAAUGGAUCAGAUGGCCCUGCAAUGCUAGGGGAAUUGGAUGUGGCUUUCCUCGCAGUUUAUUCCUUGGGAAUGUAUUUUACUGGACACUUGGGGGAUCGGCUUGAUUUGAGGAUCUUUUUGACAGUGGGAAUGGUUGGGACUGGUCUAUUUACUUCACUAUUUGGGUUUGGGUAUUGGUUUAAUAUCCAUAAUUUCUACUACUUCUUGAUAAUUCAGACGAGUGCAGGUCUUUUCCAGGCAACUGGAUGGCCUUCAGUGGUUGCAGUAGUUGGAAAUUGGUUUGGGAAGAAGAAGCGUGGAUUGAUUAUGGGUAUUUGGAAUGCCCAUACUUCUCUUGGAAACAUAACAGGAUCUCUGGUUGCUUCAGCUUUAUUGAAGUAUGGUUGGGGUUGGUCCUUCGCCGUUCCUGGUCUCCUUAUUUCUUUUGUUGGGUUGGUGGUGUUUCUGUUGUUGCCAGUUACUCCAGCUUCCGUGGGAGCUUCUGAAAAAGAAGAAGAUGAAGUGCAAUGGCCUAAGAAAAAUGUUGGGGGAGUAACAGAACCUUUGUUAGGAUCAGAGUCAAAGGUGGUUAAGGACAAACCUGUUGGGUUCAUAGAAGCAUGGAAAAUUCCUGGGGUUGCUCCUUUUGCUCUUUGCCUCUUCUUCUCCAAGCUGGUGGCUUAUACAUUUCUCUAUUGGCUUCCAUUCUACAUUACCCAUACAGCAAUCGACGGUAAGUAUUUGUCCGAUGAGACGGCAGGUAGCCUGUCUACAAUGUUUGAUGUUGGAGGGAUAGUUGGUGGGAUUCUUGCUGGCUACAUUUCAGAUCGCCUGGAUGCUAGAGCUAUUACAGCAGCAAGUUUCACAUACUGUGCAAUCCCAGCACUAUUUUUUUAUCGGAGCUAUGGAUAUGUCUCCUUGUCUGUGAACAUUGCCCUCAUGUUCGUCACUGGCAUGCUUGUUAAUGGCCCGUAUGCCCUUAUUACAACAGCAGUGUCCGCAGACUUGGGUACGCACAGCUCAUUGAAUGGGAACUCGCGAGCAUUGGCAACAGUUACAGCAAUCAUAGAUGGAACAGGGUCUGUGGGAGCUGCAAUUGGACCAUUGCUUACUGGCUACAUUGCUGCAAAGAGCUGGAAUGCAGUAUUCAAUAUGUUGAUGAUGGCCGCUCUGGUGGCAGGGCUUCUUCUAACAAGACUAGUGGUGGCCGAGGUGGCUGCAAAGAUUCAGUUUUUAAGGUCACAAGGUUGCACUCAGUCAAGGCCUGAAGCUAGCGUGGCUGAAGUGUGAUUUCUUAGUAAGGGAUGAAGAGGGUGUUGUGUGUUGUUCUUGAUGUGUGAUCAUCCAGAAUGUAUAGAUCUGAUUGAUUGCCCCUGAUGAUUAGCUGGAUGAAGGGGUGGAAUGGCAUGUUGCAGAACCUCUCCUUGUGUUUGAAAGACAGUAGAGGUCUGUCCUCCAUGAUCAAAAUUGCCAUUGGAGGAGCGGAGCAGGGCCGGGCCGGGCCGGGCCGGGCCGGGGCCUUGUAUACAUAUACAGUUAUAUAAGCACACACGUUACCUCUGUUAACUUUAUCAACCAAGUUUGGUAUGGAAAGAAAACUCCAAACCCCCCCCCCACCCCCCCUCCCCUCCCCUCACCUUUUUUUUUCUUAUUUUCAUCCUCCUAGUUGGGCAAGGAAAAUCUGAAUCUGUGGCACAGGUAGACUAGAGCAAUGCUGUGAUCUAUAUUAGGGAUGGUUUUUCCCCUCUUCUUUACUGGGAGGUCUACGAACUUUCACCUCUCACCCGGCCGGAAAUAGAGCCCAACCCCCUUUGUUUCAAACAUUUCUGCAAGCAGGGGGGUCCAAAGUGUUGCCCCCUCCUGUUCAAGGUCAGGUUGCCUAACUCCACAAAGAAAAAUAAUCAUCUGUUUUUCUCAUCCCUGUUUUUCCUUGUUUCGCUAUCUGUAGAACGUGACACGUGAACAAUUUUAAGAUCAACGCACCGGAUGUAAUAAUCUUCAUCCAAUUUUGACCGUUGAUCUCUUUGUUAUCCACGUAUUGCGUUCUACAGGUAGCAAAAUAAAGAAAAACAUGGAUAAGAAAAACAAAGGAUUUUGAUCCCUCCACAAACACCCAACCUUCUUUUUGCUUUUCCAGAAAACAAAGAAAGAAAAGUACCCAAAACAGAAAGUUCUAGGUACCAAUACCGAUACAGAAUGUAUUACCCAAAAAGUGGCUUUUUCUUAAGUCCAUUCAGGUCGAUAUUGUCCAUUGUACAUCGGUAUCAAUUAUGAUUAUUAAUCAAUAGGACUCCGAGGAUUUUAAGACUUCAAACACGUGAGGUAAUAAAGGUUAUAUGUGGAGGUCUAAUCAUGACUAAAUGAAAAGAAAAAAUUAAUAAAAAGUACAAUGAUUGAUGAUA